AUGUUGAGCUGCGCAGUUUGGAGUUGCAGCGACGUUGAGCCACGCAGUUUGGAGCUGUUACAACGCGGUGCACAGUUUGGAGUUGCUGCUACAUGGAUUUGCAUCACCUGGAGUUGCAGCAACGUUGAGCCACGCGAUUUGGACGAUGUUGAGCUGCGCAGUUUGGAGCUGUUACAACGCGGUGCACAGUUUGGAGUUGCUGCUACAUGGAUUUGCAUCACCUGGAGUUGCAGCGACGUUGAGCCACGCGAUUUGGAGCUGUUACAACGCGGUGCACAGUUUGGAGUUGCUGCUACAUGGAUUUGCACCACCUGGAGUUGCAGCGACGUUGAGCCACGCGAUUUGGAGCUGUUACAACGCGGUGCACAGUUUGGAGUUGCUGCUACAUGGAUUUGCACCACCUGGAGUUGCAGCGAUGUUGAGCUGCGCAGUUUGGAGCUGUUACAACGCGGUGCACAGUUUGGAGUUGCUGCUACAUGGAUUUGCAUCACCUGGAGUUGCAGCGACGUUGAGCCACGCGAUUUGGAGCUGUUACAACGCGGUGCACAGUUUGGAGUUGCUGCUAUAUGGAUUUCCACCACUUGGAGUUGCAGCGACGUUGAGCCACGCAGUUUGGAGUUGCUGCUACAUGGAUUUCCACCACUUGCAGUUGCUAUGACGUUUAGCUGCACAGUUUGGAGUUGCUACAGUGCGGAUUUGCACGAUUUGUUGAUGCUGUGUCACUACCGUAGACCAUGCGGAGCUGCAGAUUCAGAGAUGCAGAUUUGUAAACAGAGCUGUUGA